AUGGCAACAAUUUGCGAGGAGCGCCCACCAGAUAGUGUUAUGCUAAUAUAUUUGUCGACUUCAGGGAUUUUUGGUCAUUGUAGUACUUCACAAGCUGAGAACUCUGGAAUGUCGAGAAAAUACACUUUGACAUGUGCCCUUGUUAAUAACCAUCAUGAACUGUGGAAUGGUUUUACUGAAGAUCAUAUUAAUAAUAAGGAGUGCAAUUCUUCUGUUGCAUGUUCAAAUAUCCUCUACCCUGGUGAUAUAAUUCUUUUCACCAGAAAGCCUCUCUUUUUGAUAAUUGAUAGUGAUAACAGUCAUGCAUUCAAGGCA